UCACCCCGUUCCCCCACCCCUCAAGCUAGGCUGAGCUGUGCCUACGUCGGCCUCGACUCCCGGGGGCUGGAGGAGUUACCUUUGGAGCCCAAAAGGAGGAAGGAAGCAAAAUAUCAACAACAGCCGAGGCGGCUCGGGCGCUCGGCCCCGGUUCCCCGCUUGCCAGCCGCCCGCUGCUGGCCCCCGCGCCCACGACGGGGGCCCAGGCCCCCCGGCGCCGCCCAGGGCCCGCGCGGACGCCGGCCUCAUUAUUAUUCCCCCCGCCCGGAGCUGCGGCUUCCCGGUGUUGAAGAUCCCCGGACCAGGGGCGAGGGCUGCCUGCUCUUUGCCGUGACAACCCCUUUCCCCCAGCCGGGCUGGAGGCUGUGCAGAAGGUAUCCUGCAGACCAUGAACUGAGCACUGUUCCCAGACUGUUCAUGAGCACAGUGUAAGGUGUGCCGAGACCCACCACCCAGCAAGCCCCUCCCCUCCAUAGCACUGAGGACCCCCGGAGAAGAUGGGGAGGAAAAAGAUUCAGAUCCAGCGAAUCACCGAUGAGCGGAACCGACAGGUGACUUUCACCAAGCGGAAGUUCGGCCUGAUGAAGAAGGCGUAUGAGCUGAGCGUGCUGUGCGACUGCGAGAUCGCACUCAUCAUCUUCAACCACUCCAACAAGCUGUUCCAGUACGCCAGCACCGACAUGGACAAGGUGCUGCUCAAGUACACGGAGUACAACGAGCCGCACGAGAGCCGCACCAACGCGGACAUCAUCGAGGCGCUGCACAAGAAGCACAGGGAAUGUGAGAGCCCUGAGGUGGACGAGGUGUUUGCCCUGACCCCCCAGACGGAAGAGAAAUAUAAAAAGAUAGACGAGGAGUUUGAUAAAAUGAUGCAGAGUUAUAGACUGGCCUCAGCUGUCCCGGCCCCCAACUUUGCCAUGCCUGUCACGGUGCCCGUGUCCAAUCAGAGCUCACUGCAGUUCAGCAAUCCCAGCGGCUCCCUGGUCACCCCUUCCCUGGUGACAUCAUCCCUCACAGACCCGCGGCUCCUGUCCCCCCAGCAGCCAGCACUACAGAGGAACAGUGUGUCUCCUGGCCUGCCCCAGCGGCCAGCUAGUGCAGGGGCCAUGCUGGGGGGUGACCUGAACAGUGCUAACGGAGCCUGCCCCAGCCCUGUUGGGAAUGGCUACGUCAGUGCCCGGGCUUCCCCUGGCCUCCUCCCUGUGGCCAAUGGCAACAGCCUAAACAAGGUCAUCCCUGCCAAGUCUCCACCCCCGCCCACCCACAGCACCCAGCUUGGAGCCCCCAGCCGCAAGCCCGACCUUCGAGUCAUCACUUCCCAGGCAGGAAAGGGGUUAAUGCAUCACUUGACUGAGGACCAUUUAGAUCUGAACAAUGCCCAGCGCCUUGGGGUCUCCCAGUCUACCCAUUCGCUCACCACCCCAGUGGUUUCUGUGGCAACGCCGAGUUUACUCAGCCAGGGCCUCCCCUUCUCUUCCAUGCCCACUGCCUACAACACAGAUUACCAGUUGACCAGUGCAGAGCUCUCCUCCUUACCAGCCUUCAGUUCACCUGGGGGGCUGUCGCUAGGCAAUGUCACCGCCUGGCAGCAGCCACAGCAGCCCCAGCAGCCGCAGCAGCCACAGCCUCCACAGCAGCAGCCGCCGCAGCCACAGCAGCCACAGCCACAGCAGCCUCAGCAGCCGCAACAGCCACCUCAGCCACAGUCCCACCUGGUCCCUGUAUCUCUCAGCAACCUCAUCCCGGGCAGCCCCCUGCCCCACGUGGGUGCUGCUCUCACAGUCACCACCCACCCCCACAUCAGCAUCAAGUCAGAACCGGUGUCCCCAAGCCGUGAGCGCAGCCCUGCGCCUCCCCCUCCAGCUGUGUUCCCAGCUGCCCGCCCUGAGCCUGGCGAUGGUCUCAGCAGCCCGGCCGGGGGAUCCUAUGAGACGGGGGACCGGGAUGACGGACGGGGGGACUUCGGGCCCACACUGGGCCUGCUGCGCCCAGCCGCAGAGCCUGAGGCUGAGGGCUCAGCUGUGAAGAGGAUGCGGCUCGAUACCUGGACAUUAAAGUGACGGUUCCCACUCCCCUCCUCUCAGCCUCCCUGAUGAAGAGUUGACAAUCUCACCGCCCGCCCUUCCCUGCCCCGGGCUCCUCCCGCUCGACCCCCACCUCCUUUCUUGUGCUCCAUGUCCUGUUGACGGUUACAUUUGUGUAUAAUUAUUAUUAUAUUAUUAUUAUUAUUAUUAUAUUUUUUUUAAUUUGGAUUCUCGCUUUGGAGAGGGGGAUGCUCUCAUCCCCUCUUUCUGUCCCCCCCACCAUUUUCACUGGCUGGGGGGGCUCUGUUUUUCGCGGGAAGGGGGGACACUUUGCACGUUGUACACAUAUGCUGCAGGAAGGGGGUGCGGGGCCCGAUAGGCCUUUGGGACAGGACAGGUGCCGAGCCCUGCAUGUGGAGCCCUCCCACCCCAUCUCCCCAGAUAGAGGGAAAUAACCAAAAAACUACCAAACAACAAAAAAAAAAACCCACACUAUAGACUGAAACCCUAAAGUGGGCUUUACGGGUGGGUUUGUGUCUCAAGGGGAAAGUGAGGCAGAGGUUCUGAAAAGGGUCUCUGUUUCUGGGUUCAUGUGGCCAGAGGCACAUGGAGCAGAAUACUGAAGCCUGGCCCCCAAAUGCCCUGCACACACGUGCCAUACCUGUGCUGAUUCUUGUGUGUGCUGCACCCCCAAGGUGUGUGGGUGCUGGCUGAGCUUUGGGCUGGGAAGGCAGCCUGGGGAAUCUGAGGCUGGGGAACGGGUUCGAGGUGAGGGCCUCUCUGGAAGCACAUUUGGAGAGAAAGACAGAGCCAUGAGGAGAGGGCUGCGGAGGGCAGAAGGGCUAGGCAGGGGGCAAAUCGGGCCCCUCCUUCCCCAGCUUUUCUCUAAGAUAUACAGUGCAAUAGCUCCCCGCCCCUCGUUUGAUGCCAGCCCUGUAAAGCUGGCCACAAUGUGCAGGGAGAAUGGGGAGAGGGUCUUCAGUGAGGUGGCUUGGGGUGAGAGUCGGCCUGGACCUCCCUGGGGUGAUCCAGGCCAGAGCUCUUUCAUUGGGCAAGUGUGGUGAGGGGAUGUCCUUGGCCUUGCACGCACACUACCUGGGGGAGUGGACACUGGGAUGGUCUGCGGGGUGCGAGGUCCGUGGAGGGCCCACCUCCCUCAUUCUGCCUCGGCCCCUCUCCCUAGCUUCUCCUGUUAGCUCCUUCUGCUCCUGACCCCACCUCCUUGCUCUUGGUGCCCCAUUGUCUCUGGCUACCUCCUUGUCCCACCACCUCCAGGCCGCAUCCCACCUUCCCUCUUGGCUACUGUAAUUGUAAAUAGCGACCUUUGGAAAAUGUUAGCGGUGUAACAGUCCAGGAAACUGUUUUUUGUUGUUGUUGUUGUAUUGAUAUGAAAUGAGAUUCUAUUUUUGUCAAAGUAUAUUGUAAUAAUAAUGACUCAAACGGCCCGUACUGUACAGAUGAGAUUCUUCUGCUGUUGUUCUUGCUCCCCUCCCCUCCUCUGAGUCCGCCCCUCUCUGCUGCCUCCUCAGCGGGGCAGUGGCAAGGGGCCCAGGGGCAGCCGAAGCACGGAGUCCUGAGACCUCAGGCAGGAUCGUUGAUUAAACCAGAGGGGCAGGCCCCCAGCCUGCUCUCUAGGACCACCCCCCGCACUAAGGGGCCUGGCCUGGGGUGACGUGGGCAGGCAGACUGCACCACUCCUUCACACAGCCCAGCUCCUCUGCCCAAGGGGUGCGGUGCUCCCUUGGGGUUUCCUUCCACUUGGAGAGUAGAGUUAGACAAGGCCCAGUUUUGUUAGCUGACCAUCUUUGCCCACCUCUAUGCUAUGACCCAGCCUCUUGCAGUAUUUCCAUACUUGAUGCAGGGAAGGAACCAGAGCAGAGGGACCUGUGAGCACACAUGUACCUGUGUUCAUGAGGGCAUCUGGUAUUUAUGUGUCUGAGUGCUUUGUAUUUGUGUAUGUGUGUGUGUGUGUGUGCGUGUGUGUGUGUCUGGUUGCAUGGGUGUACCUUUGUAUUUAUGUGUGUGUCUGGUUGCACGGGUGUGCCUCUGUGUGUCUCUAAGCCUGGCUGGGUGUGUGCCUGGAGCUCUUGGGGUAUCUCUGUGUCUGUGUGUGGCUGGUGUGUGUUUACAAAGGGACGUUUGGCUGUCCCAGCUCCACACCCCUGGCUUCAGCUCUCUGACCCCCACUCCCGUCUUCCCCUGCUCCUUUCCUUGUGCUCACCCUCAGCUCUGACGCAUUGAACUGCAGUUGGGGGGAUUGGCAGUUGGUCCUCUGUGCUUCUCCCUGCAGCCCUACCUCUGCCAGGGCCUCUCCCUCCAGGGAUUUCUGCUUCCACCCACACUUGUCCACUUGGUCGCCCACACUUGACACACAGUUCCUGGAGUACCCUCUUCCCCUAACCCCAGACCUGCUUUCAGAGUAAAACUCAAGUCCCGCUUUCUCCCUGAAGUUUCUCCCUCAGCUGAGCAGUGAUCCGUUCUUACUCACUCUUAACCCCAACCCGCUGAUAGGGUGGGGACCGCAUGUCCAGCCUUCCCACCUCUCCUACAGGCUUCUAGAGGGAGUUUCAAGAACUGGCAAGCCACAGCCAGGUGCGGUGGCUUACGCCUAUAAUCCCAGCACUUUGGGAGGCCGAGGUGGGUGGAUCACAAGGUCAAGAGAUCGAGACCAUCCUGGUCAACAUGGUAAAACCCCGUCUCUACUAAAAAUACAAAAAUUAGCUGGGCAUGGUGAUGCGCGCCUGUAAUCCCAGCUACUCAGGAGGCUGAGACAGGAGAAUUGCUUGAACCCAGGAGGCGGAGGUUGCGGUGAGCCGAGAUCAUGCCAUUGCACUCCAGCCUGGGUAACAAGAGGGAAACUCUGUCUCAAAAAAAAAAAAAAAAGAACUGGCAAGCCUCGAUCCAGGCCUUGGCAGAAGCCAGGGUAUAAUCUUGUUCAUGCAUGCAUCCCCAGAGCCUCGCCCAGUGCCUGGCACAUAGUAGGCACUCAAUAAAUGCUGAAUGGGUGAAUGGUUGAAAUGACAGGUGCUCAAUAAAUGAAUGCCUGGCCUUCCCUUCUCAGGUUGUUCCCACCAUUAGUCUGCCCACCUUUAUAGGCUGGGCUUGGCCACCAUUAAACACAGGGUGGGGGUGAGGGCCCCUGCAGUUCACGGUGCAGUAUUCACCAGUUUUGCCCUCUGCCUCAUAAAGGCAAACCUAGCUUUUGAUUACCAUGUGUGGAUGUUUCUGUGUCCUUUCUUCUCUGUCCCUGGGGACCGGGUGGUCUGUGAAUAUGUGACAUUUCUGCAGUUCAGUAUCCGAAGGUUUCUUUAGUGGUAGGGGCUCCUGGGCAGCCAGAUGACUGGGUCCCUGGGAACCCAGACCUCAGAUGGGGACUUAAUGUCUUCUUCCUCUCAAGCCAAAUUCGCCUCCACCCACUCACUCCCUUUGAAAAACUGGGCAUUUGCCAAAGUAACCACUGGAGUCAUCUAAUGGCCCUCCCCUCCCCAGGUUUCCCACAGCUUUCAGGGACAGUGGGCAAGAGGACCCCACCACCACCACCACCUCAAUGGAACACACCAUCCUCCCCCUCAACAGCACACUCAGUGCAGCGAGACUGACCCCUGAACCCUUCCCAGCCCUCCCCACCUUGGACAGGAAGGAAGUAAUGCACCUUCUCUUGCUGAUUAUUUAUUUGUUUGGAGAGACAGAAAUGUAAAAGUGUAUCUAGAAAUAUCUAUAUCUAUAUAUUUUUAACUGACUCUUUGGAAUCCCUUGGGGUGGGGUGAGGGGUAAGUUUAGGCUUUCCUGAGAGGGGAAAGACAGGGAGCCUGGGAACUCCGUGUACUCCCCUUUGCUGCCUCUCCCCACCCCUUAAAUUGGUUGGUAGAAGGAAUGGCAUUUGUAUGGGGGGAGGGAGGCUGGAAUGGAGAAUCUGGAUUCUCUCUUCCCCAUUCAAGUCCCAGAGGGAGGGAGGGGGUGAGAAAGAGGAAGGGAGGGGCAGGAUGGGCCGUGGAGGUGCCCCACCCCCACACCUGACAAUCACCCACACUCCUGGGGCUCUUCCUGGGUCCUGGGGCAGGGCGAGUCCAAGUGUGAGGCUGUUGAUUUGUUUUCAAUAUUUCUUUUCGUGCUGUAUGGUGAUGCUUUCUUAGUAUUCUACACAAUAAGAAAAGACAAAGUCCUCGAGAUUCUUAUGAGUUUUGUUUGAAAACUCUUUCACUAUAUUUGUUGUAAAGAGGUUUACUAUUAAAAGAAAAAGAAUACACGUUUCUGAUA